UGGUGUAACUCAAACCAGGGCUACUUGUUACCUCUGCUUUUUGGCCUUUGUAAGAGACUGAGAAGAUGGUGAACGUCCUCAAAGGUGUCCUAAUUGAAUGUGACCCAGCAAUGAAGCAGUUUCUGCUCUACUUGGAUGAGUCAAAUGCCUUGGGGAAGAAGUUCAUCAUACAAGACCUGGAUGAAACUCAUGUCUUUGUAUUAGCUGAGUUGGUUAACUUUCUCCAGGAGAGAGUGGGCGAGUUAAUGGACCAGAACUCCUUUCCUAUUACUCAGAAGUAAAGGCUAGAUAAAUUAGAUAAAUGUGUGUUUUGGAAUAGUGCAUUUCAAUAGAUUUGAUUGUUACUCUUCCAAUAGAUAUACUGUGGUUAGCAAAUUUUGUGUGAA